AUGAACCGAUUAGAUGAAUCUGAAUCGACGCCGAAGAAGCGUAACAUGAAACCGGACGAAACUGUUGUUAAAGAAGCUACCACAAAAUCUGGCCGAAAGGUCAAGCGUCCAGCGCACCUUGACUCGCUGGAACGAACACCGAGUGCAUCGCCUUCCGAUGCUAGAAAAUCCGUAGCUGUGAGAGCAAAGAAUGCAGUCGAACCAUUCGCCGGUACACCUAGCAAGCGGGCGGCGACGAAGGAGCAAGAUUCCCCGGAAGAGGUGAAGGGCUCACGCAAAACUAUUGCCACGGUCCGAAAAACGAUCUCCGGAGAUUUGAACACUCCAAAGAAGAACAAGGAAAAGAAGCAAGUGGCAAACACCGUGGAUGACGCCGCUGGUAUCUCAAAAUCUGGACGCAAGAUAAAGAUCCCGACAAAAUUAAUGGAGUUUGAAGGUGUUGUGCUAAGUAGCCCUCGCAAACUUGCUGUUCCAGGUCAAGACGAGGCUGUUAAGGGAAAGGCAGCAAAAACGCCUGGUCGAACUAAAACUCCUGCUAAGUCGGCUGUAAAGAACAUUGGUGUAGAGCAAAACCUACAUCCGUACGACGAUGGAGAAAAGAAUCUUGCCGUUCGGAAGACACCAGGACGUCGUGCCAAAUCUGUAGCACCUGACCAGUUGGAUGUAGAGAACGUUCGCACGCCAAAACGUAAAGGUGUAUUAUCAUCAUCAUUACUCAUUAAAGAAGAGGAAAAGGAAAGUGCAGCAUCGGAACAAACUCAUCCAAAGACGCCAGGGAAACGAGUUGGAAAGCCUUUGCUAGACUUAGAUGCGAAAGCUUCGCCAAAAACUCCAGGUCGCCGUGGAAAAUCGGUUGCACCAAUCAAAGGAGUAGCGGAUGCCACUGAUCCGGCGCACCAAGUUUCGCAACCAGAAUCAAAAGUUUACAAAGACGCAACGAAAACACUGGGGCGGCGAGUUGGUAAGUCAAUCAUAAAUCCAACGGUACAUACUUCACACAGUGAAAGUUCGGAUUCGAUAGAAGCUGUUCCGAAAACACCGGGUCGUAGAGCCACCAAAUCAAUGAUAGAUGCAAGUAUAACAGCAAGUGUAGAAAGUCCGAGAGCGCAGCGAUCGUCUGCAAAAACUCCCGGUCGUCGUCAAAAAUCUGUUGCGGUUGACAAAAUAGAUCCGGUUCAAGAGAACCGCAUGGUAGGCAAAGUUGAUAAAAUUACCACAGCGGAAGAACCUUUGUCUCGUUCGGGUAGAAAGUUAAAAAAACCGAAAAAAGUUUUGGAUUAUGAGCAGGAGGAAAAAUCUACCGAACCCAACGACACGAAUGAACAAGUUUCCACCGAUAGCAGACGGGAAAGGAAUGCGGACAACAAUGAUGAAGCUAUAAAGUCGCCCACGAAAAGGAAAAUCAUCGAUAACUUAGGGCCACAAACUCCGAAACUUAAGAGCCAUAUUGAAAGGGACCAUUCUGUGUUGGGCACUGAAUCUCCUCACAUGGAAAAUUCAACUGAUGUAUCGGUUUCGCGAUCGGGAAGGAAGAUAAAACCGAAGAGAAUGUUUGGAUUCGAUGACGCUGUUGAAACGACGACGACGACGUUCGUCCACGUUACAGGCUCUUCAUCACCCACAUUGAUUGAAGAAACGGUUGAAGAUGACAUCAAAAAUGGCAACCUGACAACAAUGAAUGUCGAACAGCCAGAUACACGUUCUGUUUCAAUUGAUACAGCAAGCACACCAUCAAAACGGACAGCUGCCUCGGCUGCAAACGUCGAUCGAAAUACUUCUGUUCCGAUGGCAAUUGAUAAAAAAAUGGAAGGAGUAGUCGAUGCUGGUGAAAUGAGCAAACAGCGAUCAUACAUUACCAAUCGUGGCGUAGAUGAUCAUCAUCCCAUAACAGCUAAAGUGGUAGAGCAGCAGCAACACUUAAUCGAUGAGACGGAUCGUGCUAUGGUUAGUCCGCAACCAGUAAUAAUUCGUACAUCUAUUGGAUUUGGUAAACCAACGGUACUGAAACAACCACUGUUGGAAGAAUCGACUGUAUCGGAAGGAGAUGACUGUAGUAAAGUUAACAAAAGUAUAACUCAACCAAGUAUCGAUGCACAGACGGUUGGAAGCAGUCGCUCCGGUCGAAAAAUAAAACCAAAAAAGUUCUUCGAUACAGACGAUCUAACAACAGCUAGCCGUCAGUCGGUUGUUAAUCCUCAAGCAAACCAACCCGUUCCAGUAUCUGCAAUGUGGUUUCCAACGCAGCAGGUUGUUGAGCAGGAGAAGAAUGAAGAAUUUCCAACUACAGCAUCGGUUUCAGGCGAUGAAGUGAUGAAUUCUGCAGACGAAAUAGAUAUUCCAGAGGGUCCGGUUAAACUCGUAAAUAAAAUGAUCGCUGAGAAUCUGAACGACGAGGGCAAAGAGCAAAAACAACAGCAUAUAACAUCGAUAGAGUCGGAACAGGUUACCAGUGCCGAGACUGACCAUAAUGGAGUGGUAAUGAAGCCGGAAGAAGAUGCACAGAACAUGGAGGUUCAGGAGGAAAAGAUAGAAAUCAGUGAUGAAAGAACGAUCGCAACGAAAGAAGAAUCGGCUGCACAGCUAGUUGAAGAACAAUCAAUUGUUCCGAAAAACCAACAUGUGACGCUAGAGGAAGGAAAAGUCAAUCAGUCAUCCGCGGAAACUCACAUCUCCAACGUCAUUUAUUCGGAUGGAUCAGGAGUAGUAGUCCAAUCUAACGGAGAAGAUGCGCCAUUGAAAGAUUCUUCCUUGAAUGCAGAGGUUAAUCAAAAUCCGCUGGGGGAACAUUCUUCUGUAAAAGAUACUGAUUUGGCAGCUCCCUCAGCCGACCAUGAUGAAGGAGGCAAUGUCAUCACUGAUGAAACGGUAAACGAAACGAGUGAUGCAAUCGUAACAUCGCAGGAUGUAUUUUCGGCCUCUAUUGUGGAUACCAAAUCGGGAGAGAAAAGGCCCUAUGAAGUUCCCACCGGAAGCAUUAUUUCCCCGAGUGGAACGGCUGACGAGGAAAUGCUAGAUGAAGCAUCCUUGGGAAGUAUUGAAUAUUUAGAAGAUGAGAUGAAUAAUAUCGUUGAACACAUUAAGAAGCCUGUCACUAUCCAAGAGCGAGCGGAAGAGGGUAGUUCCCAUUCCGCAUCUGUAAUGCCUUCGGUUGUAAUCAUUUCGGCAACACCUGCUCGUAGUGCACUGAACGAAACGUACUCGCCUGUAAAACUGAAUAGUUCUAUCAUCGAUAUUACGGCUGACACGCCUCGUCCAGAAGCAACAGCUGCUGCACCACGCACGCCGGACCUAAAAUUAACUGCUCAGGAAGCGAAUAAUAAAUAUUCGCCCGAUAAGCCACCGGAAGUUAUUGAAAUAAUGGACAGUCCGGCUGUGGCUGCGUUUUGCAAGCAGAUCAACGAUGACUCCGCACACGCUGGUGACGGUGGCAGUGCCACUAGUACACCGUUCGCCAUAAAACCAUCACUGGUACAAACAGUAACUGAAUCUGUGGAUAAUAAGCUGCUUAACGUGCAGCUCGAAAGCCGUAAACGUUCCCUAUCCGCCAGUGCAGCGGACACGACAAUGAAGCGCAAUGUCACCUUCCAUAGUCCGGCUAACAGCACCAUGCUGGUAGAAACGAUCGAUGAACGAUUGAUGUUGAAGAGCUUGCAGGAUCAACAGCAACAGCGACAAGAAACGAUGGAGACCAGCUCAAAAAGUAUUGGAGAAAAGCUGCGCAAACCUCGGAAGCGUUCGCUAUCGGAACACAAACCGUCUGAGCUGAAACGAAGCAAGACCAGCAAGCUGCCAAAUUUCAAAUCUAUUCAUGCAAACCAUUUCAAUCGCAUGGAAUCGCUAGCCGAUUUCAUGAAGCGCAAAGAAUCGCGAGCAAAACAAAUUCUUUCGUCGUGCAGUCCCGCAACAAAGCUUCUUCCACGGCCGAUCACGGAUGCGUCCGGACAAGCUGGAGUUCCAUCGGUGGAAAAGAAAAUUCCCUCCUCAACAGCAAAACCUUUCAUUUUCAAAUCUGCUGGUGGAGGAAUACCAGUACCGUCGGCGGGACUAUUUGUUGUACGUGCCAAGAAAGGACCGAAUGCAGCAAAGAAACCCAUCGUAAGCGAUACCGAGAGAAUGGCUAACCGGAUGAAGCAAUUUCAGACAACGUUUAAACCGAAACAAAUCGGUACAGAUACAAGCGCGGUACCGGUGUCCGGUUCGCUACCAUCGACAAGCACUCACCACGGGGCCGGUGAUCGCCCGGUAGACCAACUACGUUCGAAGCAAUCGAAAAUUUUAAAGGGUGUUCGUACGAAUCGACGAUUCGACUUGCAGAUGAAACACCGGGACAAUCUUCAACAUCAGUGA